CGUAAUUCGUAUCGCCCAGCAACGGAAAAGGGGAUAAAAAAUGCAAAAUUUGAGUUCCAAACUUCCCAAUCCAUACCCCAUUUUCCCCGCCAAACCCUAAAUCGGUAAAAAUGUCGCUUCCCAUGGCAGUCGAAGGUUCAUACAUCAUAGCUUUCUAAUCAUCGGCAUAUGUUUCAGCUCCAAGUCUUCAGCGAUUUUGGCCGCCCUACCCGCGUGAGCUGUUUGGAUUUGCAGCCUUGGAGGUGAUCUCUUGCAAUUCCCUUGGUGCUGGACGCUAGGGUAGUAAGGUAUGUGGAUCCCAAUUGCUUAGUCUGGAAUUGAAGAAAAACUGUGAGCUUCUGGAACAGCAGUCAUCCCCAUUUAGGAGACUGGAGUCUUUGAUUGUGGCAACCGUCAGGCUACCGUACAGAGUUGUCAGUUACCUUUUCAAAGUAUCUUCUUGUGAAGAACCAGAUAUUUUGAUCGAUCUUGAUGCGUGACUUCGAGUAGAACUAGCUUCCAAAUACUAAGUGAGAGAAAACCAUAUUAAAAUACUUGGCAGAAACGCCUAAGCCUACCAGAAUCUUGGAAAUGCUGUUGAAUGUUUACUCGCUAGUGGCUUCUGUUUAAUGAAUCCGAGUUACUGUGCUUGGUAUGAAAUGUGCAGGUUAUUACUCGCUAGUAGACAGCAGCUUUCUGUUUAAUGAAUCGAGCUUGUUCCCUCGCUAGUGGGUUUAUGUUCGAUGUAACACUCUUGCUGCAUUGCUAGAUGAGGUUUCUUUUCACUUUCUUUCAGAUGAGUUCUUCGGUGAUGAUUUAUUUAUGACAUACACAUGAUUGAUUGACAGAUAAGCUGAUCUGUCCACUAGUUCAGAUACCUUAACUUAGUUCUAUUUUGAGGUGAGUACAGCACUUACCAUUUCUGCCUGAUUUGAAUCCCAUUGUUUCAAUCUUUAUAGUUAUUUUCGUCGCUGAUCUUUCAGUUAAGUUGUGAAUACUCAAUACCCUGCUCCAAUCCGCAACGGGGGACAGUUUUAAUGGAUUCGAUGUUCUCAUUCCGUCAUCAUUGAAUACGUGUGCUUUCAGACUGGCUUCUCCUGUUGCUACUCACCUUUUAACGUGUGGAAUGCACUCAAGUGGGAUAAAGGUUAGAGUUGAAAGCUUCUUGUUUACAUUGAAUCUUCAUGGAUAUAGUAAUGUGUCCUUUGCUUUCCUUCACCUGCAAUUUUAAGGAGACUAGUCACACCACACACACCCCUCUGCUUUUAUUUCUGUAGACAGAUUGUCUCGGAUCACUUUUGCAUCUUAUGAAGCCUUUUAAUUCUGAAGUGUGACAGGCCUUCUUGGUCUAUUCGACAAUCAGUUCCCUUGGUUGAGUCUUCCUGCUGAAAUUAUCGAUAUUGGUGCAUAUGCUUGUAUCGAUGGCUGAAUCGCGGUGGAUAUCUGACAUGAGAAAUUGAGAAUUGGAACACCAAACACCAUUGCGUAAUGCCUUCUUGUUCAGCUAGCCUUACUUAGAAAUGCUUCAAAAUGUUUACAGUACGAUAUUGUUGGUGGGUGGCUGCUAUUUCUGGAUCGCCAUUGCUAGCUAGCCAGUUACUUUCUGUUAGAUAUAGACCUGUAUUUGUUGCUGUCCAAGGCGCCACGCUGCAUGCACGCACAAUGCCCUACAAAGCACAUGAGGCUUUAUAUUUUCUGGUGGUCUCGGCCCAUACACUGUAGAUACUUAUGGGCAUUAAUAUUUUCGGAUAUUCUCGGCCCACAGCCUACAGUCGAGCCCACAACCACCAAGUCCUACAAAAUUUAGGAAAAGGUAAAGCUAUAAAUCAUUUCUCUGCCUCUAGGGGCCUUCGUCAUGGGGAUCCGCUCUCUCCACUCCUGUUUGUACUCUGCACGGAAGGGUUUGCGGCCCUACUCCGAAAUGCGAUUAUGGAGAAAAAAUUAGAGGGCGUGAAAGUAGCUCAUCGUGCUCCAAGGGUCUCGCACCUGUUCUUCGCGGAUGAUUCUUAUCUAUUUUUGCGAGGUUCUCUGCAGGAGUGUGAGAAUUUAAUUGAGGAGUUGAAUGAAUAUGAGGAAAUGAGCGGUCAACGCGUUAAUUUGGAGAAGUCGGCGGUGUACUUUAGUAAGAAUAUUUCCACGCCAGAUCAGGAGUUCUUGGCCACGAUUCUAGGGGUUGGUGCAGUGGGGGUCCACGAUAAAUAUCUGGGGCUUCCAACUCUGGUUCCUCGAUCCAAAAUGGUUACGUUCAGAUAUUUGGAGGAUAAACUCCUAGAUAGACUUCAGGGGUGGAAACAAAGGACAUUGUCGUGGGCGGCUAAGGAAACAUUGAUUAAAUCCAUAGCGUUGGCUCUCCCCCUCCAUGUUAUGUCUUGUUUCCGUCUUCCUCUGGCUCUUUGCCGUCUUUUAGAUAAGCAUGUGGCCCGCUUCUGGUGGGGUGCUGAGGACGGUUCUCCCAAAAUUAGAUGGGUGUCCUGGCGUAACAUGUGCAGGAGUAAACAUGAUGGGGGGAUGGGAUUUCGCCAGUUUGAACAUUUCAAUCAAGCUCUGUUAGCUAAGAUAGGCUGGCGUAUUCUCAAUGAACCUCAAUCACUUAUUGCUCAGAUUUAUAAAUGCAAGUAUUUCCCUCAGGGGUCCUUCCUGACUGCGACAGCUAGAUCUUGUCCCUCUUGGGGGUGGCAAAGUAUUCUGCAUGGGCUUCAGUUAUUGGAGAAGGGUUUGAGAUGGCAAGUUGGGAAUGGCCAAUCGGUCGCCCUCCUUCAUGAUAAUUGGAUUCCUAGUUGCCAAUUUGAUCCCCCAAGCUAUAAUCCGCGGAUCCUGCCAGAGGGGGGGUACCCCUUGGUGGCGGAGGUUAUUUGUGAGGGAGGAGGGAGGUGGUCUGAUGAGAAGCUCAGUCAAUGGUUUGACCCACCUACCUGUAAGGCUAUUAAAGUGAUUCCUCUCCCUUGUUGGGACGUGAUGGAUAAGCUUCUCUGGCAUUUUACGGGCGACGGGGUCUUCUCGGUUAAGUCGGCCUAUCACUUGGCUGUUGAUUUGGACAGGAGGAGGGGUGGGUGGCGAUCCUCGGUUAGCUGGAUGGAUAAGCCGAGUUGGAUUAGAGUUUGGGAGGCGAGGAUUCCCCCGAAGUUGAAGGUUUUUGUUUGGCAAAUUCUUAAUCGGGCUCUGCCGACGAUGGAGGCGCUUAUUGAGAAAAAGGUCCAGGUGCUACCUCGGUGUCCAGUUUGUUGGGAUGGCCCAGAGACAAUGGAACACCUGUUCCUUUAUUGUCCGGUUGCCCGGGCCCUCUGGGAUUAUUCUGGUCUGGAGUACUUGGGGGAGGGUUUGCCUCGGCAUACUUUUCCGUUGUUUCUCAAACGUCUGCUGGGUUUGAUCCAUCAGCCGACAGUGGUUAUGGCAGUUGUUGCCAUCCUUUGGAGGAUCUGGCGAUCUCGGAAUUGGGUAGUCUUUGAAGGCAAACAAUUUGGGAUCUCGGCACUCAUGCGCCAGUUUAAUCAGCAAUAUGAGGAAUGGACGGACCUACCAUCGGACCAGGUACCGAGGACGCCGAUCCCGUUAGUACAAUCUACAUCACAAAUGGGAGAUUCUCAUUUGGUAUGUAUGUGGGAUGGAGCUACUAAGGGUGAGUCACAUUCGGCUGGUGGGAUGGUUCUUUUUGACCCAACGCGGACACUCCUUCUGGCUAGAGGGGUUCAGUUUGCUCACAUGGAUGAUCCUGGAGUGGUGGAGUUGCUUGUUCUGAGGGAUGCUAUUAUGUGGUGUAUUGAGCAAGGUUUGUCGGAGGUCCGUUUUAAGGGCGAUGCAAAGGUGAUUAUUGACAAACUUAAUCAAGCCGACACGAGAGAUAGCCGGUUGGGCGCUAUUCUGGAAGAGGUUGCUCAUUUUUUGCGUACUCAGCCUGACUUUAGUGUGCGUUUUGUAGGUCGGGAAAACAAUAGGGUAGCUCAUUUGGUAGCUAGGAAAGCCCUCUCUUUGUAUCCGACUAUGAGUCGCUUCUUUGAUUUCCAGACCUGGCUGAUUUCCAGGAUGUAAGUCUAUUUUUUCGAUCAAUAUAUGAUAUCUUUUGGCAAAAAAAAUAAAUAAAUCAUUUCUCG